AGUGGUGUAGUAGUACCCUCAAAGUUUGUACUUAUAUAUAGUUUCACCGCUUAAAGUUUCCUUUGAGAAAUAUAUCAAUAUUUACAUAUGCAUUUCACAUGUCUUCUACAAUGGAGUUUGUUCUUUCCCAAUUUCAAUCAAUAAUGAUCAGGUUUUUGAUUGGAAGUGACGAAGAAAUUGCAACCACGUAUUGAAUAAACUCGUUGGAAAGUACACUACUUUUGAAAAAGAAAGCAUCGCAUCAUCUAGGCUAGUCCCCGGUUAGGAUGUGGGUGCAGAAAUCCCAUCUUCACUGUUUUAUAAUAGCUUGCCUGAUGAUACAUAGCCAGGCUUUGAAAGAAUUUGCGUAUUUCACGUACAGAGGAGACGUAUCGUAUGAUGACCAAAAUGAAACAUUAUCAGUCUUUGAUUUAUCUGACUUUAUGACCAAAUCCCGAUGUGCCCAGAACUGUAUGAAUAAUCUUCAAUGCAAUGCUAUAGAAGUAUGUACGGCUGCCUCCGGGGACACAUGCAGACUAAGCAGUGGGAGAAGGGACACGGGGACUGCUAUCACUGGACCCCUGUGUAAAAGAUUUCAGAUGGAUGAUGUAUGUGUAAGUGAAGGCUAUAUAGAUAGGACGACAGGGGUUUGUAUUUAUGACAGAGACACAGAUUGCAACUACCUAUCACAGACUACCCAGAUUUCGGGAGUGUACAUCAUCGUAUUAGAUGGUGAACCCAAACAGGUAUACUGCUCGUUUGAAAGCGGAGCGUCUUGGACAGUAUUGCAAAGAAGAAUAGAUGGUUCUGAAAAUUUCAUGAAAAAUUGGACCGAUUAUGAAUUCGGUUUUGGAUCCUUCGAGUCCGAAUUCUGGUUAGGUAAUAAGUACAUAAACAAACUCACGACGGACAGCCAUACUAUACUGCGUAUAGAGAUGGAGGACCACAGUGGUAAUACAAGAUAUGCUGAAUACAGCAGUUUUAAAGUAGCCGACGCAAGCGACAACUAUAGGAUCCAGGUCACUGGUUAUUCCGGAAAUGCUGGAGACAGUUUUGCUGGAACUUGCAGUAUAUGUAUCAAUGGAAUGCCCUUUUCUACAUUUGACAAGGACAACGAUAACCAUGUGACCCUGAACUGCGCCGUGUGGGCGAACGGAGGCUGGUGGUAUAACGCAUGUCAUCGAUCGAACCUGAACGGACUGUAUGGAAAUGAUGACUACGCAAAGGGCGUUAACUGGGAAACGUGGAAAACAUUGAUAUAUUCCCUUAAAUCAUCCAUCAUGAAAGUCAGAAAACUGUAAUAUUCGACUUGGUUGACGUAUAACUACCCACAAAGGUAGUAAUGCUCAUUUUGGUGAUUUCGUUUUUAUCUUACCCCACAUCAUCUUACUCCUUUCUAAUGUCAUCAAAAAGAUUAAUGAUAUUCAUCAGCUUUGAAAUAGUUACAUGUGCGUCAACAUUUAUACUAGGAGUCAACUUAAUCAUUUUUGUCCAGGAAGCGAAAAUUAUCCUGUUUGGAAAUUCAGUAGGAUUUAGUGAACGUUUAUGCCUAGAGUCACGUGACACGUGUUGGACAAUCACAGUAAUUGAAAUAAUGUAAAUAUCAAGUGUGUGUUGUUGUUUUUUUGUGAAAAAUACUAUUUUGUCCACAAUAAUCCUGCACAAUCUGUACAUUGUAUAUUUCCACCUACGUGCACGCGGUGUAUUGUCUUUGUACAUUUAUAAUUUUACUGUGUCUAUUCAAUUCAUUUUCAAUUUCCUCAAGUUUACCCAAUCUCUCUUGUCGUUUUGUUUAAAGUAAAGGAUUUUGUGAAAAAGUUUGACUAGGUGUUUAAAAAUGAUUAAGAGCAAGGUACAUUAAGGCCCAAAUUUCGCCACAAAAUUAGGAUAAAUUUAAAAUGUGGUUUCACUUGGUUUAAUCAUUAUGAUUAUGCACUAGGGUAUUGGCCCUGAUGAUACAUGUGGAAAUUAGUGACGUAAUAUGUUCUGUGACGUCAUUUUCCUUAUCUUUGAUUGACAUGAUUUACCGAAAUCGUAGAAAUUAGCCGUUUUUUAUGCCUUUGAAACCAUUUUAAAGAUAGAGCACAUGCAACAACCACAAAGAUAUUUUGUGUACAAAUUAAUCAUGUUGAAAGUCAGUAAUGGGAAAAAUUUCGACUUGAUUGUUAAAUGAGCAGACUAUUAAAUCUAACGUUUAACCAUUUCCCGCGUUCAUCUGUAAUACAAAUUUCAACGUUGAUGGUGUUCAUAUAUACAAGUUUAAUGAGCAAAUAAUAUGCAUAUGUACAGCAUAUUAAAUUUUAUAAGACUCUACGUAGUUUGCAUUGAAGAAGAUAGUGUAGAAUCAGAAAAUUGGAAUCUUCGAUACAGAUAUUUCCGAUUCCAAUUUUAUGUUUGAUAUAGAUACGCAAUGAUAUCAACGCAAUUAAUGUAACACAUGGCAAAGUUCAAUCACAUAUUCUUUUUUAUCAUAGAUGGUUUAUGAUAUGAAUUAUCCUUCUUAAUUGGUGUGCAUAUACUGUGGUGGCUACAAUGCGUAUCUAAAUACAUGUCUAAAUAUGCCUUGCCAGUCAUAAUAUUCUAAUGUACAUGUAGGCUAAUUAUAACUUAUUGGGUAUGUUGCAUGUGUAAUUUCAAAAGCUAUUCUAAUAUUGUAUUAAGCAUUAUGUCAGACACAUCUAAUGAUUAACCAUUUGAAUUAAAAACCCACUCAUGAUACAUAAUACGCUUGUUAUUAAGUAAGAAUUUUAUUAUGGCUUUGGCCUGGCUUUUAAAAAAAAAAUGCACGUCUGCAACCGAAUGCAAUCUUUGUUUAUAAAAUAAAAAGUUUAAUAAUAUCGAAAAUGAAAGCGCGAUAGCUUAAUCGGUACCUUUAUACCAGAGCAUAAUAGUGCGAGCAUUAUAUUGCUUUAGAUAUAUACACUUGAAAAUCAAUUCAUUACAAUAUAUUGUUCAUUAUUUACAUGCUGCAGUACCUGUAGUUUUAUGACAUGCAUGUUUCCUAUCAAAACAAUUCCAACUUCA